CGUCUAGUCGCCAUCAAAAGAAUCUAUGCGGAAUCCAGACAUUCGAAGAAGGUGUUCACCAACGAAGUGAAGAUAAUAAGCCAUAUGAAGCACCGAAAUCUAGUGCAAUUUAUUGGAUGGUGCCAGGAGGAAGGAAAAGUCUGCCAUGGUAUGUGAGGUACAAGAUCGCUCUAGGACUGGCGUUGGCCCUUAAUUAUCUUCAUGAAGAACUAGAGCAAUGCGUUCUUCAUAGAGAUGUAAAAGCCGCCAACAUAUUACUCGACACAAACUUCAACACUAAGCUCGGCGACUUUGGAGUGGCUAAGCUUGUUGACCCCCAAUCGAGGACUCAAAUGACGGAUGUGGUAGGGACAUGCGGCCAUCUGGCACUAGAAUAUAUAAGUGAAGGGAGGGCUACUAAAGAGUCUGACAUGUUCAGCUUCAGUGUUGUGGCUCUAGAAAUCGUUUGUGGUAGGAGGACAUAUGAGGAAGGUGAAUUUCAUGUUCCACUGCGCAAGUGGGUUUGGCAGCUUUACCUUGCUAGAAACAUGCUUGAAGCAGCAGAUGAAACAUUGGGUUCGAGUUUCGAUAGGAAGGAAAUGGAAUGCUUGAUGAUGGUGGGACUGUGGUGUGUGCAUCUAGAUCCCAAGAUGAGGCCAAAAGCAGGACAAGUUAUAAGAUUUCUUUAGCUAGAAGUGUGGCAUCCCAAAAUUCAUGACGACCUCUAGUUACAUUAAAGUCUAUGAAUAGGUGAUGGAAGUACCAUUAAGUUAUUUUAUAGCCAUUUAAUCCAUAAUUUGCA